AUCACACACAGGAGUCAGGACACUCCUCCUUCGUCUUCCUCCUCCCUCGCCGUCGCCGCUCUCUUGCAUUUGGGAAUUGCCUCGACCUUACUACGACUACGAGUAGCGAGAGAGCAGAGAUGGCGGGAUUGGCGGCGCAGCUGCAGCACAUAAAGAGCCUUUAUUUCGGCCCCUCACCUGCCAAGGGGGUGAUGCAAGAUCUGGAGUAUGCCAUGAGGACAAAGGGCGGUUUGACCCCCGAGGAGGAGAAGACGCUCCGGGUUUACAAAUUCCUUCCAGCUUUUUCCUUCUUCGCGGGUUCAGUAUGGGGCACUUUGGUGGGGUGGUUCAGUUUCGGCAAAGGACUCAAAUUGCUUGGGCUUCCACUUCCACCUAAUCCUCGGUUUGUAAGAUUUUGUGCAACUUCUGGCUGUGCUUAUUUUGUUGGAAAGGGCUCGGCUCGUGAAAUCAUGCAUCAAUGCCCUGCAAUGCUUUUAAACACGGAAGAAGGACGCAUGAAGAUGGAGCUAGCUAACAUAAUACUCAAUAAGCAUAGUGAUGAUGCAUACCUGGUUAAUGCUGUGAAAAGACACUUUUUUGCCGAGCAUCUGUUCGAUGAUCUGCAUCAAGAUCAACCACUUUUCAGGUGGCACCCACGCCGUUCGUAUAUCGACGGCACCUUUGUAGAAAGAAUGAAGGAAGUUGAAGCUGCCAACUCUGAUGGCGUGGCCAGAUCAAUUGCAGGAGAGACAAAUGCGAACACUACACCAUUUGGAGAUCUGAUGGAGGACUCACUAGCCUGUGUACUAGGUUCUUCCGGAUGCAACUUGGAAAGCAACAAUCCCCCAGAAAAGACGGGCACUGUCCUGAAGCGAAGCGAGCUGCGAGCUCGCAGAAGAGGUCGCAGGCAUCAUCAUCGGCAUGCUGAUGACUAGUUUGCUGUAUUGUGAAUGUUCGGUCGAAGUGCUGUGGAAUACCGUAGACGUUAGCGUUCUAUUUGAGCCUCAUGCCCCACAGUUGCUGGGACGCUCUCUCAUUCGUGCGGGAGUUAAUCUGCUGUGCCUGUUCAAAAUUUGUAGGCUGGACAAUGCUGUGUCAGUCGUGUUGUCAAAAAAAUGCUGGGGGCUGUGGUUGUUGCAGUUCGUGAUCCACAUAGGCUACUGGAACCGGAGCAGAUGGCAGUUCAGUUUCAAUUCUUAUCAUAGGCUACCUCAGGGACAUGGUAGGAGUGCUCCUUCCUAACACCAUCAAUCUCUCUUCUUCAGUCCGCUAACUCUGAAAAUGGAGUGCACUGCAAGCUCUAAGUUACUGUUGCUUUCUCUGCUGUGCUCGCCUGCCAAUAGGCAGUAGCCGUUGUACGCCCGCCAGAUACUCGAUCAAAUGUCCAGAUUGCAUCGUGUUUUCUUGUUACUCAAGGUUAUGCGAUUAGGUAAAUUUGUUUUGAAUAAACAUAUGAAACAUUGAUGUCUGGAAACCGACCUGAGGAUA